GUUUUUGACCCUGUGAACCCCAAAGCACGUACUGUCUCUCCGCUAGGCGUCUGUGUUGAAAACUCCAACGCAUUUGUUACUGGUUACCAUUUCCAAAGAAAUACAACAACAACGGCCACCUUGGAUCUUCCAAACGUGGCGAUGAAGCAGAUUAGGGUUUUCUUCCUCGCUCUUCUCCUCCUCGCCUCCCCUUUCCUUCAAGUUGCUAGGGGUCAAUCCGAAUCAGAUGUUGAAGCAUCUGAUGCUGUAGAACAAAGCAGUGAUCUUGGGAUUGUUGGUGAGGAUGUCCAGGACUAUGGUGAUGAAAAUUUUAGUCCUGCUCCUGGAGUUGAUACAGUCUGCAUUUUCCCUAAGAAUAGCGCAAAAGUGAUUGUUGCUGGAGAAGAAAGUGAACUACUAGUUGGAUUGAAAAAUGAUGGGGAUUCAAGCUUGAAUAUCAUUGCAAUUAAAGCCAGUGUUCAUCUACCUUUUGAUCAUGGUCUGCUUGUACAAAAUCUGACUGCACAGGGCUUUAACAAUGCCUCAGUGCCAGCUUCAGCUCAGGCUACUUUCCCCUACAUAUUUGCUGUCAGCAAGUACUUGCAGCCCGGCAAUUUUGAUCUUGUGGGUACCAUUGUGUACGAGAUAGAUCAGAAUCCCUAUCAGAGCACCUUCUAUAAUGGUACUAUUGAAGUGGUCGAGGCUGGUGCAUUCCUCAGCAUUGAGUCUGUUUUCCUUGUUACACUUGGAAUUGCUCUUCUUGUUCUCCUCGCAUUAUGGAUUCAUGGUCAAAUACAGCACCUUUCCAAGAAAACCAAGAGAACUCCCAAGGUGGAAGUUGGAACCAAAACUACCGAUGCCUCGAUGGAUGAAUGGCUUCAGGGAACUGCAUAUACUCAGUCACUCUCCAGCAAGUCAAAGAAGAAGAAGUAGAUGAGUUAUCUCCAGUUUAGAUAUACACCGAAGUUGGACUCUUUGUAACUCACGCUAGGGAUUUGGAGAUUUAAGAGAGGCCAAAAGUCGAACUAGUUUUGGAAAUUAGACCAGACCUACCUUGCUGUUGUAGCAUGUGGAAGAGAUUUUUACGUUUCGAUUUCUUGAGUAUGACGUUGAGCUUUUUGGAAAUUUAAAACUAACACAUCUAAGUUAGGAAGGGUACAAUUUUCCUGAAACUAAAAACUCCUUUCAGACUUCUCGUUCUCUGUAACUUUUUAUGCUCUCACGACGUUCUGAAUUAAUGUGUAGUCUGCUGUGCAGUGAAUUUAAAUGGAAAUUACUGAUAGGAACAUGCUACGUAGAUUAAGAUAAUGAAAUCAUUGGCAAGACGUUGGUGCCAAAAAUCUGAUUAGUCCUACAAAAA